AUUCUUAGAGGAUGUUUCAGUUUGUGUUACAGAAAGAGAUUUCCUAAGUCAGGAGCAGUUCCUUUGGAACAAACUGCCUGUUUCUUUUUCCUUUCCCACUCUUUCCUGUGUAUUUUGUUACUCUGGUCAAGUGGGCCCAUCCAGAUAAAAGGACUUUUUACUUUCAUUGUGUAGGUUUGUGAUCCAAUUUCAACAUCUGGGCAAUUUUUCAAUUGGCUUUUCAAUUGGACCUUAAAACCCGCGUUUAAAAUCUGGCGUGGAAGUCAGGAUUCAUAGCAGCAGAUGCAUUGGAAAGGAAUACAGUCCUUCACCGUGGUGCAGUUUUUGAGUGUCUGUUGCUGGAGAGAACGCUUAUAUGUUGUUCCAAGCCAGUUGUUUGUCUAAUUACAUGUUCUUGAAAUUCGUGUGAAGAGUUUAUUGCAAAACUGGUUUUGUAUUUAAGAAAGACCCCAUAUUUUGGAAGGAUGAGAAUGUCUCUACUUCACUGCAGUUCUAAGGUGACGGUUUGACCACACAGCGCUUGCAGCUGCUGAAUCCUCCCUGUAUAGUAGAUUGCACAAGCAGCUAUCUUUAGCUCCCAUGUUUUUAUUCUUUGUAUUACUGCUUUUUCUCUCCCUGAAUACUGGAAAGCGGUUUCAUCCACUGUUGAUUGAAAGAAAUCAUUGUUUAUUAUGAUUUCUUUAAAAUGGAACAGAGAUUAUUUGCAAAAUUCUUUCCUUAUGGUUUAAUCUUUCCAGUGAGAGUGAAGUCUGGAAGUGUAGGAAGGAUCUGAAGGCAUCAUGGAUUGGUUUAGGAGCCUUGGAAGAGAGAGCGUGUUGAGUGUAAAUGCCAGCAUCUCAUAGCAGGGAGCAACAGGCUUCGAGGAUGUGAAAUUAAACACUCACAGUUCCAUUCAGAUUUCUGGUUUCUUAAUGAAUCUGUUAACUUCUUCAUCUUCUUUUCUUUUUAAAUUCUCCUCCUGUUAUGUUUAAUAGGUGCAAACCACAAGAGCUACCACCUAGGUAACUAUUUCCACCUCUUUUUUAUUGGUUUGCUUUACUCUUAGCACUUAUCUUCUGUGAUCUCUGUGGUUUCCAGUACUGCAGAAGCAAAUAAAAUUCAACUAUAAAUUUUAACUCAACUAAUUUUUCUGUUGUUACCCAACAUCCAUUUAGAACGCUGCUCUUCGUUAUGAAAGUUUUCAAGAUAGAUAUAGUAUCAUCAAUUUGGUCAGUAGUGACAACAAAAUACAUAACCUUUCUCAUGGGCAAAUUUUUGGCCAAGUGCUCACAAUGUGAUGGAGUUGGUGCUUAAUUUGUCAUUUGUCAUCUUGAAUUCAAGUUAUUUGACAGUCUGAUUUGGAGGAGGGGGACAUGAAAGGAGCACAUGCUUUGUGUUAGUAUCACCAUCUGGUUUUGCCUGUUCAAGCUCUAUUGCUCUUGCCUAAUAACUGCUUGAUAAAGGUGCGUCUUUCAGUUUUCAGUCUCUGUGGACUUUAUACUGCAAGCUUCCUGAUCAUUUCCCAUGCACUUCAAGAGCUGGGUCAUGCCCCACAGUCUUGAGGUAGCCUGGUUGCCUGGAUGCUCCUGGUUGACUCACAAAGCUGGCUACUUCUUGUUAGUACUUCCCAGCAUACUGCCAGCGAGAAUGUUAGUUGGUUUUCUCAACUCCUGGUAGUUUCAGGUGCGGUCCAUGUUGUGUUAGAUGCCAUACAGCUGGAGGACAGCUCUUGUCCUGCUGGGCUUUCAGCACUGGCUUGCUUGGGGCAGCUUCCCCAUGGGUUCAGGUGAAGCUGGGUUGGACUCAAUCAGCCCUAUGGGAUCCCUUCCAAUUCUGUAAAUUCUCUUGUCCACGUGCAGAUAUUUGCUAAGAUUAGGUGGAUGCACUCUGGCAUGAAUAGAGCUGCCUCCUAGCAGUAACCCUGUGGCUUCAGUUCUUGCCUGCACAGAGAUGGUUGUUUUGGAACAGUGGCUGCUGUCACAAUAAUGCUGAGCUCAGCCCUAGAGGCUGCUAACUGGAGCCUUGGUGUGAGGGGAGACUGGAAUGUCCUUGGAUUGACAGGGUGAGGGAGUGCGUUCUGCUCGCUUCGUGCGCUGUACGAGACCAGAUCGGCCGGCUCCAUGAGCUGAUGCUGCUCCCAGGCAUCUCCAUGUGAUACCUGCCGCCUCUGAGACGUGGGUAUAAAGAAUCAUUUCCUGUUGGGCAUCUGAAACAAGCACGGUCUUGAUCAUAAGGCAGUCAGGAGGGAUUUGGUAUUCCUGACAUGAUAACCAUACAAUGCUGAGUGACGAUAACUCUGUAAAGCUGAAAAGUGAUUGUUCGCCUCCUGUGCAAUGGUGUAAGGUAGCUGCACAUGAAGAUGAGAAGACCAAUCUGGUUUUUAAAAGGUACUCGCAAGCUCCUUGCACUGUUUGUGAUUGGAGGGUGCUUCCUUUAUGUCCUCAAAUUACAUUUUUACCCUGAAGAAUGUGACAGAACAAAAACACCGUAUGUGGACUUUGAUCGCGUAAAGAGAGCACAACAAUAUGCCAGUGCUGUGUUGCAGGAACAGUGCCGACCUUCGUUUGUGAAAAAAGCAAUGGGAAAGUUAUUUGCGGAGAAAUACAGCAUGGACAUACCUCCCUUUGUAGGAAAAAAUAUAGAUGAUGAUGAAGCUUUAUUUAAAUAUGGACCUCCCUUUGGAUUCCACAGGUUCUUUGAUAAGCUUAAAAAUCUUCUUGAACUCUUACCAGAGCACGAUUUGCCAGAGGAUUUGAAGUCAAAACACUGUAAGCGUUGUGUUGUUAUUGGCAGUGGUGGAAUUCUGUAUGGAUCAGAGCUAGGUCACUUACUGAAUCAGUAUGAUAUUGUUAUAAGGUUAAAUGAUGCACCAGUUCAAGGAUACACAGAUCACGUUGGUAACAAAACUACUAUAAGGAUGACUUACCCAGAAGGAGCUCCACUUUCUGAACACGAGUAUCCCCCUGCUAGUUUAUUUGUGGCUGUCCUCUUUAAAAGUGUUGAUUUCAAUUGGCUUCAAGCAAUGGUAAAAAAUGAAACAUUGUCUCUGUGGAUACGACUUUUCUUUUGGAAGGAAGUCGCCAAGAAAAUUCCUUUUACAUCAAAACAAUUUCGGAUUCUCAAUCCAGUCAUUGUUAAAGAGACAGCCCUGGACAUCUUAGAGUUCCCCAAACCUCGAUCAAUAUUCUGGGGUUGGGAUAAGAAUGUGCCCACAAUUGGGGUCAUGGCUGUUGUUCUGGCCACACAUUUAUGUGAUGAAGUAAGCAUAGCAGGAUUUGGAUAUGACCUCGACCAGCCCAGCACACCUUUGCACUAUUACAACAACCUCUGCAUGGCUGCCAUGAACAGACAAACGAUGCACAAUGUGACAGGUGAAACAAAAUUACUGCAAAAACUGGUCAAAGAAAAAGUUGUAAAAGACCUCACUGGUGGAAUACAUUGUGAAUUCUGCAACAAAGACAGCUAGUGAUUGAAGUGCAGCAUGGUCUGGAUUUGUUAAAUUCCCAGAAGUUUUGUUGGAACAACCCUUAAAGCGUAUAUAAAAUGGACUUGGAAUCUCUGCUGUCUUUUUUUUUUUAACGUCAAGUUCAAUUUGUUGGACUUUUACAUUUAUUUUGAUGUUCGAUUUUAUUUUGCACGUUUUUGUUGUAAAUACAACUCGGCGUUGAAAGAGAUCCAUUUAAAAUAUUUAAUGUUUUAAGUUGUCAGAAGAAAAGCAGAGAUUUUGUUUUCACAUGUAUAUGGUACGCACAAUGCUACCCUGAGUUGUCUGACAGCAUAGAAGAUUUAUUUCCCAUUGAACUGCUGUCUUUGUGGAUCCAGUUCCAGGUGUGUGACUCCUUUUCAUGCAUGCCGUGAAAAGAAAGGCGUAUGUUUCUCAAAUCUCACUUGUCACAACUUGACCAUUGUGUUUCUCCCUCAAAUAUUUAUAUUAUUUUGUGUUUGUGCUGAUAUUUUUUUGGAGGAGGGAUGCAGGAGUGGAGGUGAAGGAAAAGGAACUGUUGUGGCAACAAUUGACGAAUCAGUACUUCAGUGUCCACACUUGAUGUUAGAAUCCUUGAUGCCAUCAUGCAUUGGGUUAGAACCUGCUUUUGCACGAGGCACGUUUGGACCCCAGGGCAUGUUGUAAAAUGAUGUGACCCUAGGAGGCUGUCACCUGAACCCAGUCCUUCCUUCAGGCCAUUCCUGCAGACCCAGAUGAAUGUUUCUAAAUAGUUGAUUUGCAGCAGAGUUCAGCUACUCCGGGUAAAGAAGUGGCAUUAAUACAGAAUCUGUCCUCUUCAUUUCUAGAGUGACUUGAGAAUCUCUCAGUCAGUAACACAUUGGUUUGUAUAAACCUUCCAUUUAGCAAUAAUAGAAUCUAUGACUAGGCUGAAAAUUAUCUUGGUUUACUUUACCAUCCUUUAGCAAUUAAUUAUGGCUAUUGUUACAUGAAGGGUUAUCAUCAAUGUAAACUAUUAUGAACUCUAGUGUUGACUGUUAAAAUUGAAGGGAGAGAUUGGAUUAUCCUGGAUAAGCUUUUAAGUCAGCAGCUGGCUGAAUGUAUGUAAGAAAACCACAAAAUCAUACUGAGAAAAUAUAUGACCUAGUAAGAAUGCCUGCUGAAAGCAGCAUGCUUCUUGAAAACCAAAAGCUCAACCUAUAUGAACUCUUGUGACUGGAAGUCAGUGCAUUGCAAAGAAACUGGACUGCACAGACCUGCAUGCAGGUGUAGUUGUUAGCUCUGGGACUGGUAGAGUAGUAGGUAGGACUGUUUGCACUGAGUGUUGUUAGUCAGCCGACAGCAUGUGAAAAAUGCUUUUUGGGGGAAGCUUGUUGGCAAAUCAAUUAAUGGUUGGCCUAGGAACAUUGUUUAGAGUCACGGACUCUCCACAUCAUGAACAUUCCCAUUUUUUUUUUUAGUUUUUAUUAUGGGCUAAGGUAAACACAGUAUGGAGGUUCAAAUAUUCCAAUAUCUAAUGAGGGAAAGUAAGAUUAUGGUAGUUGUGGAUUUUUAUUUAGUUAUUUUUUCCCUGGUGAGGAGAUCUAAUGAAUGGUAAUGUUGAAAUACAGAAGCAGCAGACGGAUUGUGGCUGUUACACAGAAAGGCAAUAAAAUAUCAUGUGAUCAUAAAGCCUAAUUCUGAAUAAGAAGUUGUGAACCUUAACUUUCCUUAGUCCCAUGUGUGUCCUUGAAAGCCAGUUGUGGACGAUAAUGAAAUAUCAGAAUCAGAUUCUUGUCUCUGGCACUGUUUGUGUACAUAGCAAUAAUGUUAAUCUAAAUUCUCCUCCUCAAAACACAUUAAUUUUUGUGCUAGCAAUAAAUUUCUAGUUUGUUUUCCUGUAAGUAUAAUAAUUAUAUUGUUUAAUUUAAAGCUAUUUCAUGUUUGAAGAGUUUUAUACAGAUGGUCUUUUAGUUAAUAUAUUGAAAUGUGCUAAUUAUUUUCUCUCGGUAUUUAAACUAGCAACAGAGUAUGUUAAUUCCAUUUGGUAUUAGUGAAAUGAUGGAGUUCAGAACAUGUGCGUUGGGAGGAUGUCCUGAAGACACCAAAUUAUGUGUUUCAGAGCACUUGAUCCCUUACCACUUUGCUUUAAUCAGGAAAUUGAAAAAGAAUCAGUUGAUUAACGUGAAUGCCAGUAGCUUUUUGGAGAUGUCGUAUUUAUUGUCAGGUUCUUAAAUUAUGUUGAUGUGGGGUUAAUUGUUUUUUUUUUUUCCCCCCCACCAUUUUUGUAGCUUGUGAUAAAACAUUGCUCUCCGUUGUAGUGUGUAUGUGGCGUUGGGUAUUCCUUCAUGGGCUCGACCAUACAUCAAAUGGCAGCAGAGUUCACAUUGCAAAAAGCAAUAAACUGAUGAAACCACUUUCUAUUCA